GCAGAAUCUUCGGCUCUGGGUCUGGACAAGCCGGAAGUAGGAAUAAAAGCCGGAGCCUUCGCGACAAGUUCCUUCGAGUGUCGGACUGACUGUUAACCUGUGAAUCCCCUCUCUGCGUCCAUCUUUUAACGUUCGCUCUUCUUGGAGAAACAUUACUCUUUUGAAUCUAUUUCAUACGCCUGUGCGUUGAAUCUUGAUUCACUUUAAACAUAUCUAUUGCAUAUCAUUCUUGUGAAUUUGCAAGUUUUAUCUUUCAUUCAUUUCCUUAAACUUUCAGGAUAAAAAAACUAGGAACAAUGAUGUCUUUCGGAAAGUUCAUCUUGUCUCUUCUGAUGUUCUCUGGCGCUUUUGCCAUGCAACCUCUCAGCGUGAAGGGCCGUAAGUUCUUCGUCAACGACACCCAGUUUUACUUGAAGGGUGUGGCCUACCAACCCAAUGUUGAGGCCGAGAAGACCAACUUUGUCAUUGAUCCUCUUGCCGAGGCCAACAAGGACAACUGUACUCGUGAUGCCAAGAUUUUGUCUGAUCUCGGUGCCAACUCUAUCCGUGUUUAUGCUGUCAACGCCAGCUUGAACCACGACAAGUGUAUGCAAGCCUUCAGCAACCAAAGCAUCUACGUUUUCCUUGAUCUCGCAAACCCCAAAACUGCUAUUGAUCGUUCUUCCCCUACUUGGAACAUCUACCAAUAUGCCAACUACACCAAGGUGAUUGAUGCCUUUGCCAAGUACAACAACACCGCUGGUUUCUUUGCCGGUAACGAGGUCGUCAACAACGCCUCCAACAGUGCUUCCAUUGCCUAUGUUCGUGCUGCCAUCCGCGACAGCAAGUCUUACAUCAAGGCCAAUGUGAACCGCUCUAUCCCCGUUGGUUAUGCUGGUGCCGAUAUUCCCUACAUUCGCACCAAGAUUGCCAACUACUUGGCUUGCAAUGCUACCAAGAGUGCCAACGACACCGACUCGGAGGCUGACUUCUUGGGUUAUAACAUCUACGAGUGGUGCGGUAAGUCUGACUAUGUCACUUCUGGUUACAAGGACCGUACUGAGGAGCUCAAGAACUACACUGUUCCCUUGUUCUUCUCUGAGUUUGGCUGCAACCUUGUGAGACCCCGUUUGUUCACUGAGGUCGCUGCCCUCUAUGGCUCCAACAUGACUGAUGUCUGGAGUGGUGGUAUUGUCUACGAGUACACUCAAGAGACUAACGGCUACGGUCUCAUCAACACUACUAGCUCUGGUGAAGUUGUCCUCACUGAUGACUACAAGAACUUGAAGAAGCAAUGGGCUGCCAUUAAGCCUACCACUGUCAAGAAGUCUUCUUACAAGCCUUCUGGUACUGCUCCUGCUUGCCCUGCCGUGGCUUCUAACUGGGAGGUUACCUCCAAGGCCUUCCCUGUCACUCCCAACGCUACUGUCUGCAGCAACGCCGUUAAGAAGCUUACCCACUGCACUGCCAAGGGUUCUCCUGACGGUGAGACUAUCUCUGACACUCUUAGUGAGCUUUGCUACUACGACAGCGACGCCUGCUCUAGCAUCUCUUCUAACCCUGAGCAAGGUACUUAUGGUAAGUACAGUGCUUGCAGUGGUGUUCAACAACUCUCCUUCGCUUUGGAUGCCUACACCAGUGACCAUGGUAACGAUGCCUGCAGCUGGGGUGGUGUCGGUACUCUCGUCAAGAACUAGAGUAACGAGCAUGUUUGCGCAAUCGCUUUCGUUUUGUGAAUAAAAGGGAGCUUUGCAUUGUUUAUGAAUACGAUGUCAUUACCUGCAUACUGCAUUUGAUCAUUGAAAUAAAUUGUUGUUUAUAUCUGUGAGA